UCAUCGGCGGCGCCGCAGUGAUCCGCCGGCAUCCCUUUGCCUCUGCCUAAUGGUUCGUUGGUCCUGUUCAGCCCUCUCCUGCUGUCGUUGCCGCUGCAGUCUCUCCGCCUCAGCAUUUUUCCUUCGAUCGGGGUUACCGCGGUCAAGGAAGGCGCCUGCACCACCUCCUUCGAAGCUGCUCAAGCGACUGCACACACAAUGAAGUGGGUCCCUCGCAGUACUGUGCUGUGCGCUGUGCGUGUGCGCGUGUUGUCACUGACGCGACGAAGUGGUCGGCUCGGCACCAGUUGAAGGCCCAGGGCCCGUCGGUUACCCGGUCAUUCGUGUACAACGGCUGCAAUGCACCCAACCGUUCCAACACACAACAAACAUAUAGUUGUGUGUGUGUGUGUGUGUGUGUGUGAUGUGUGGAAUUGGUGUAUCGCUCCGCUCACUAUAGUGGCCACGGGUAGGCAUCGCGCAUUGGAACGAUUCCUAUGCCCGCGGUUCAGCAGGAUCAGCUGCAUCCAUCCAUCCAUCCACACAAACACAUCCACACAAACACACACACACAUGAUGCAGCCAUCCGCGAUCCUGGGCAUAUCUUCUGUGUGCUCUGCGUGGCCACCUACAGUCGGCAGGAUAGGAGGCAACGCAGUAGGACGCCCGCCCUUACCCUUACCACCACCUGUACCACCACUGGCACGACUACCGGGACGCUCCACUGGCUGGCCGCACACAGAAGGCACCACCCAGACGACAAGCAGCAGCAGCAGCAGCCAGAUCACCAAGGCAGCAGAGAUGGCAGAUGGCAUCUUUCUACAUCUGAAGGGAAGGAAGACACAACAAGGAAGAGAGGUGUGUCUGCCUGCGUAUACCGGUGGGCUUACGGAUGCGCCGAGGCCUCCCACCAGCUGCACGCCAUCGUUGCACACCCGCCGCAGAAGAGAUCUCCAUGAACUGCGGCAUGGAUCGGUAAUUUCCCUCCACGUCGACAGGCUAUGCUGAUGUGAGCAUCGUGACGCCUCGCAACACCGAAUUUUGCUCUCUCUUUCCACCCG